GAUGAAGAGAAGUAACCAGGGGGCUAGAUAAAGAAGUGGGAGGACCUUCUUGUGAAGAAAGAAGAGAAGAAAGAGGGCCAAAUCACAAAGUGCAGAUGAGAGGAGGGGAACAAAAUCCCUAGGCGCUGGAGGGAUCCGAUCGGGCCUGGCACACAUCUCUCUCCCCCAACCUCCUUCUCCACCUCCGGCCGCCGCCACGGCCAGGCCGGCAUGGUGGUGCGCCAACCAGCGCCAUCCAUCCACCAGCAGCACCAUCACCUCCCAGCCAUCCACACAGCCAGUGCCAUCAAUCAUCUCCACCUUCACCCAGCACCUCCGCAUCUCCACUUCACCACCACGACAUCAAACACCACCACCGUGCCUCCACAGCACCCAGCGCCACCACUCUCAAUAUCCUGCUGCUCCUAACCUUCUUCUUUCCCCAAUCUCGUUGCUGCUCCUAACCUUCCCCGCGCCACCUGCUGCUGCUCUUCUCUGAACCCCGUGCUGCCGCCCUUCUUCUCUUCCUACUGUUACUACUCCAUCUCCAGCGCCCCUUGCUGCUGUUGCCUCAACCUGCUGCCCUUCUCUUUAGCUGCUGCUCUUUGUUCUUCUCUGAAUCCCGUACUGCUGCUGCUCCUUUCUCCAUGCCCCAGUUGCUGCUUCUUCUUUCUCUAAUCUCCUGCUGCCAUCUCUCUUUCUCCUUCUCUUCUCUGAAUUUUUCUGUAGUUUAUGACGUGUAGUCUGUAAAAUUCAGAUUCUAAGAGUACUUGCUUCCUGUACUAGUUACUUCUACUGUCUAUUUUUAGUUGUUCAAUACUACUCUGUUGAUCUGUGAUACUAGUCAAGUGGCUUGUUUAAUUUGUUUACUUGUGUAACCUGAAUCAUGGUGUAGUACUCUGUUCGCAUAUGUGUGCUUAUGUGUGUUCUGUAGUCCCUGUGUUAGUUACGUUCAUGUGAAUAUAUAUAUGUUUGUGUUGUGAUAUAUUUCUGUCUCUGUAAUAGCAUUCUUUCUUCCCCUUUGUUACUUGUAUGAUAGUAAUAUAUGUGUUCGUGUCCCAUUGCUUCCCUUUAUGUUAGUGUUUUAGCGUCUCUAGUAAAACAAAAUUACCAAAGAAAGUUAGUAAAAUCUGAAUCUACCUUUGCUUAUACGCAUUUUCAUUGGCGACAAUCUUCAUAGUUUAGGUUUAUUUUGUGUUCCCAUCAUCUGAAUUGUAUUACCUAGCUUUAGUCGAGCGUAGCCGCUGAUUUCCUAGUCCCUUUGGAGAACACGACAUCCGUAGUUUGGGGCGUAAAAACCCCGCUGUACUAUCAAUUGAUCAUUUUGGCGCCAUUGCUGGGGACUAGCGUCGAGCGUUUGUGUGAGGCUUUAGACUAGGUUUAGCUUGUUUACCUUUUGUGCUUUAUAUAUAUGUGAUAUAUAUCUAACCCCUAAACCUUAUUCCAGUUAUUUUCUCUUUCUUUGCUUUGUCAUUCUGCAGGUUAUUGCAUCUUCUCAGAUAUGGCUUACUAUUCAGAUCAUCAUGCUUAUGCGAGCAACAGUACAAACAGCACGGAAACUAUUCAAGACUUGAUAAGUAAGAUUUCCCAUCAGUUAGAUGAUUUAGCUCGGCAGCGAGGGCCAUUCACCCGCUGAAUGUCAGCGUGGUUACUCUCAUCCUCCGGAUUGUUUUGGUAUGAACUUUUCUCAACAGCAUGGCUCAUGCCAAAACAAUUACUCAUAUGGGUGGCCUGGAAACCAUAAUAUAUCAUAUAGGAAUAACAACCCUGAGAUCUCAUUGUUUGCCUCUAGUUAUCCAAUGCAGGGAUUUAGGUAUGAAGAGGAGAGCCACAACUAUGCUCCACAACAGUCUUAUUCAGCUCCUAUUCAUAUACCUCAGCACCAGGAGAUGUUGCCAAUGGAGUUAAAUGGUCCUCCAUUUGGUCAACCAACACCUUCAACACAAGUGCCCACUCAAGAUGAGUUCGAUGACAUAGACAAGCUCACACUUUUGAGUCUCGAGUUCACUUGGAGUGCCGAGGAUGAUCCUAUUAGGAAGGUUAUACUAGAUGAAAUGAAGAAGAUCAAGAGUGGGAAUGAGCUAGUGGAAGAAGUAAAGAAGAUUGAGAAGAACAUCAACGCUGGCAGUACUAUUUCUUCACAGCUUGAGUUGAGUAAUUCUGGAAUUCCCCUUGAUACAUGUGAGGUUCCAAUACCGUCACAUCCAGCUGAGCACGAUAGCAAGUGCCUUGAGCAUGAGAUACCUCAGAUUGAAGAAGAUGAACUAGAAGACAAGGAACAAGAUGAUCAAGAGCUGCAAUUACCAAGUGAUCAAGUUGGAGACUCAUCAUUUACUACUCUCGAAGAAGUACAAGAAGUUGUUGUAGAUGAAGAUGAAGAACCUGAGAUCCAUUGGCCUAUUGUCAUACAUGAGCGUGAUGUGUCAGGUUUACCCAAUCCUCUUGAUGACAUGAUGCCUUGUGAUUUCUUUGCUUCUACCUUGCAUUGCAUGAUGCCAUCUGUUAAAGUAGAUUUGAAAAACUAUUUGCUUGGACAUGAUCAUACAUACCCUGUUAGUGGCAUUGCUCAUAUCUCUGUUCAUGAUACUUAUGUUCCUGAUGCUAUACCCAUGCUUAAUGAAACGUGUGAUUCUAAUACUAGCAUUGAGCUUACUGAUUUGUACCAUCCUAAACAUGUGCUUUAUAGCUAUGCUUAUGUAAUUGGGUACUCUAUUGAUGAUUUAGAGGGCAUUACCCCUGUCACUUGUAUCGCCUCCUUGCUUGAGUGCUCUUUCAGGUUGUUGCUUGUGCAUGAUCCACUACGUGCUGACCAAGUUUGAGAUGACAUUCCCUGGGACCCCGGUGGACCCAUGGCAUGGGGAUGAGGAGAAGCAAUGAGCACACAUGAAGAGAGAAGCUGGAGUAGGCAUGAGGAUAGAGAAGCAAAAAGAGAAGAGUUGCAGCUUAGAGAGUGAUCAAGCGAGUGCUACUUCAUAGCGCCCGGUGAGCUGUUUCAUGACCCAUUCUGAGUAUAGCAUCCAUUGAUACAUGCUGAAAUAAAAUGUUAUUUGGGUUGCUUAAGCCAUGUCUUAAAUGUUGCCCCACUGAAUUUUAUUUGACAUAUGGUGCUUGAUGAGAAUAUGCGAACUAAUUGUUGAAUGCCAUGUAAACUAGUGAUCUACAUAUUGCUUGCUUUGCUGAAAUUAGUGAAAGUUAUUAGUUUUGAGUUCUCAAAUCCCUAGUACACUAGAAAACUUAAUCAUUUUCUGCUUUUACCUCAAUAUACCUAGAUCACCAUGUUUAGAUGUUGAAUUUGUGCCAAGUGUGUUCCUUUUGAGAGCAAUCACCUAACCACUAUGGAUUAGCAUGUUAUGUUCCCUGGAUCGGUAGCAUGUGAACCAGACAUGGAGAAGUGAAGAUUCCUUUUUUUGUGCUUAUGUGUUGUUCAUUCAUAAAAAGCAUUAUCUUAUAAUGAAUAAUUAUCUGAUCUACCUAACAGUAGCAUGUCAUGUUCCCUGGAUCGGUGGCUUGUGAAAUCUGGUUGGAUCGGAUAGGAGUAAAUUAUAUUAUAAAAAUGUAAUUGUAGAACCAGGUGUAUACCAUGUUCUCGGGAUCGGUGGUAUGUUACUUUGGGGAGACAGACAAAAAAAACUAAUAAUUGGUUGAGCCAGGUGUAUACCAUGUUCUCGGGAUCGGUGGUAUGUUCCUUUGGUAAGGUCAAUAAAAUAUUAUCAUUGCUUCCUUCAAAUUCAGUAAGUGGUUCAACCACAAUGUUCCUGGUAAUAAGUGAUCAAAUCACAAGUUUAAGUUCUUUUUAUUUUUUUGGAUCGUGCUCUCUUUAGGAACCAUUUGGCGCAGUCAUCAUUUAAACUUGUUGAUCCUCUUUUAUCAUUGUAAAAGUUUAAAAUGGUCAUGCUUACUAGUAUCCUACUGCUUUGUAGCACUCUUAACCAUCAAUUUUCACUAGCUAAGUCCAAAAGCAUGCAUUGUUUAGAGAUCUGCUUCACUUGGACAUUCUUUACUCAGUUCACUAUUCACAUUCUUGCUCUUGUCAUAUGCCUUUGCUUGAGGACAAGCAAAGAUUUAAGUGUGGGGGAACUUGAUAAGUAUAUUUCACAUAUAUAAUUUUGGUACUCAAAUAUAGCAUCUAUCGUGACAUAUUCGUCCAUUCUUGCCAUGAUUGAUUGAAUAUUGCUUGAUAAUCAUCAAAAAGGAUCAUUUACUAGUCUUUGGUCUAUCUUGCAGAAAUGUGCGCAAAGGCACUAAUAAUCGUCAAGAUUCCGUCUAUGUGGCUAUCGAGAAGAGUGAAGAAGAGAAGAGAAGGAAGAAGAGACUUGUGUGAUAUGAAGAGAAGUAACCAGGGGGCUAGAUAAAGAAGUGGGAGGACCUUCUUGUGAAGAAAGAAGAGAAGAAAGAUGGCCAAAUCACAAAGUGCAGAUGAGAGGAGGGGAACAAAAUCCCUAGGCGCUGGAGGGAUCCGAUCGGGCCUGGCACACAUCUCUCUCCCCCAACCUCCUUCUCCACCUCCGGCCGCCGCCACGGCGACGCCGGCGUGGUGGUGCGCCAACCAGCGCCAUCCAUCCACCAGCAGCACCAUCACCUCCCAGCCAUCCACGCAGCCAGUGCCAUCCAUCAUCUCCACCUUCACCCAGCACCAUCAUUAACCCUGAUGUUUGUUUCCCCUUGUGCCUAGGUGCUAGUUCAACAACGAACAUGGGAAGUGUUAGCAUACAUCAAACUGUGAGACUACAUAUAAGGAAGCAUGCAACUGUAACUUAACUCGAGCAACUACCUUGUUGUUAUUGAAGAUCACAAGGUUCAUCUAAUCUUGCCUACUCGUCUUGUGUUAAGAGUGCUUCGGAAGCAGUUUCAGGUGGCAAGGGACCUUGGGAACUUGCCACUAGCAGAGUUGCCAAACGAGUAACUCAUGUAGAUGUUGGUACUAUGGAAAAAGGAGAUGUAACAACUAGGGUUGUGGUUCCUUGUUUGGUGGCAGUUAUUCGUUUGUGUUUGAA